AUGGCGGAACACCGGAUUAAAGAAAUAGACGGGAAAGUGGUAUUGAUAGGAACAGGAAUCAAUUGCCUCGUAUCAGAUAUCAACAUACCCUUGGAAAUACCGUCUGCUUGGGAGGAUGAUUACAGUAUAACCGUGUUUCGCGAGAAUGAGCUCUCGAGCCUGUCCAUAGAAGCUAGACGAAGCCUCAGCGGAAUCACACCUCACUGCAAUCGCGUCUAUCCAGCAGGAAUUGUCCAGAAUGGCGAUGCCUACUGCCUCAUGAUCAUAUGGGUUGAAGGUCAACAGAUACGUCAAAAUUUCAACUUAACCGCCCGACACUUCUACUUCCAUCUCACCGACAGCUCUUCUUCGAGACAAGAGGAAGACACGCCGUUGGAUGUACGCGAUAUCUUACAAGACACCUUCCCUAAAGAACCAUCAACCGAAUUCCUAGAUCAUCUCAUAUACACCCUGCAGCUCUUAAAUGAUCAUUCGGCCGCUCAAUCUUACAGUGAACAGCUUGUGCUGAAAGAGCAUGUCACGGACAGACCAUCGUCGAAGGGUUUUAUCAGACUUGGAGAUGCGGCUUUACGGAAUGAGAAAUACAAAUUAGCGAUGUUGAGUUAUGCGCAGGGAUAUGAAGAUGCAAGUCAGAACGAUGAAGAGAAGGUUAUAAGGUAUUGUUUGAGGGGAGUAGAGAAGUGUUCAAUAUUCACGGAAUGGGGUGUCAUCCUACUGGAAGAUGAAAUGCAGCAAAUACCCAGAUUUUUAUCUUAUCUACUCCUUAGACCAUGGUCACCAACACUCCAAUCGGCUGUGAAAGAAUUGGCCCUGAUACCCACUCUAUGUCUCGAACCUCGUCAUCGCUCUUACAUCCCUUCGCUACCGCCCUUACAAGAAAAAUACUUCAAAUUACCAAGAUACUUCCGGUGGAUUGUCCCUUUCUGUCUUUCGGUCAUGUCGACUCCUCGAAACCAACUGGACAUUUCAGCUUUAGCUUCAAUGGGAAUCAAAACUGUCAUAACGCUGACCGAGGAAACUCCUCUGCCUUCAAAGUGGUUCCAGGAUGAAUCAAUCAAGAACAUUUUCAUCCCUAUACCAAACUACUAUCCACCACCCAUAGAGCAGAUGGACGUUAUCAUCCAACUCCUCAACGACGAAACCAACUUACCCAUCUUGAUUCAUUGCGGAGGCGGCAAAGGACGAGCAGGAACAGUCAUAGCCUGCUACCUAGCUUCAUACCGCUUUCAUUCACCUACUGGCGAUCGCAAUCAUCCCUCGAUGUCAGCUAAAGAAGCUAUUGCAGCCCUUCGCAAGAUACGCCCAGGUAGUCUAGAGACUUCCCAACAAGAGGCAUUCGUGGCUGGGUGGUGUUCCACCAUAUGGAAAAGGCAAAGCAUCUUUCCCGGAAGACCAUCUGAACCACCGCCAUGUAGAUUGGUUAUGGAAAGCACGAUAGAGGAAGAUUCCAAUUUAUUUGUAUUGGUAGGAUUACCAGGUUCCGAAAUCAGUCGUACUCCUUUAUCAACCAAGGAGAAAGUAUUAUUAGAUCGAUGUAACACGUCUUCUGAAGAUCGUAAAAAAUGGUUAAAACUAGCUUCCAAUUGGGCAAACAAUACCGUGUGUAUCUGGUUCGAUUACGAUAGAAGUCUAUGUACCUCUCGAGCACAAAGGAGAAUUGGUCAUCCCACUUUACAACCUGGCUCAAGAGUGCGAAACGCAAUUGAACAGAUGGAUAAGAUAUUCGAUCGACCAACUCUGAAUGAAGGUUAUGGGGGAUCUGUAACACCUCAUUUGAUAGAUCUUGGAGCUGCCACUUCGGACGAUAUCGUACAGUCUCAAGCAAACUCAGAUGCCACUGCAGACCCAAACGACCUUGCAAAUGGCGGGAGGUAUACGGAGAAAGUGAUAAUCACAGAGAAAAUCGACGGGGCCAAUAUGGGAUUAUCCCUUUCCCCCGACCGAAGUAAAAUCAUCGUCCAGAAUAGAUCGCAUUACAUCAAUCCGACGUCUCACGAACAAUUCAAGAAAUUAGGAUACUGGGUAGAAACACAUCGAGAUAAGUUAAUCAGGUUACUAGGACGAGACGAAUACUUUGCAGAGAGAUAUCUGUUAUUUGGAGAGUGGAUGUACGCCACGCAUUCUAUCUGUUAUACGAAUUUACCAGAUUGGUUCAUCGCUUUCGAUCUUUAUGAUAGAUCUACGAAUGCAUUCGUAGAUAGGAAAACUUUACAAUCGCUUCUUGUACUCUACCAAUGUGAUAUACUUCUCGUACCCAUAAUGAAAGAACUCGAUCGAACUCCCACCGAUGAGCAGUUGAAGGGCAUGGUUCAGCGUCAGUCGAAUUUCUGGGAUGGAAGAGUCGAAGGAAUAUAUGUAAAAUGGGAGUAUGGAGGAGUGGUCCGGAAGAGAGGGAAAGUGGUCAGAAGUGAUUUUAUAGCGGGGAACGAACACUGGAUGAAGAGAAACUUGGAAGUCAACGGGAUAGCUAGAGCAGUUGUUAAAUAG